AUGUUAACUAUUGUUGAGAGUAAACGAAAAAAAUCUACAUUACUAUUUGAUAAUUAUCGUUACACACAAGACAAAAUUAAAAAUACCACGAUUUAUUGGAAAUGUGCAAAUCGUUCUUGUUCUGGUCGCGCUCUUCAACAAGAUUCAAAUCCACCAAAAAUGACCAAACCACAUAACCAUGAAAGUAAUGAAGUUCAAUGCAAAGUGGAAGAGUUUAGAAUGAAUUUAAAACGACGUAUUGAAGAUUCACUACAACCAAUUAAAAAGAUUUAUAGAGAAGAAAUAAUAGCAUUACAUACAACAUCGCCACAUGUUACACCAUUUACACCAAUGUUUCAUGAGAUGAAAACUUCGUUAUAUAAUGCAAGAAACUCAAGUUAUCCAUCUGCUCCACGUGAUAUUAAUGAUGUUAAAAUUGAAGGUAUAUGGAGUAAAACUUUAAAUGGUGAAUUAUUUCUUUUACAUACAUUAAAACAUUCAAUAUUUGGUACAUUAGAAUCUCUUAAACAACUGUCAGAAUGUGAUUAUGAUCAUUUAUUUUUCGAUGGAACAUUCAAUUCAUGUCCAAGUCCAUUUUACCAAUUAUAUUCUGUUCAUUCAGUUAUUAAUGAUUUAUCAACACCAAAAUUGUAUACUUCAUUAUCUGACAAACAAGGUCCAACUUAUAUAUCACUUUUUAAUUCUUUAUUAAAUUUAUGUCAUGUUAAUGGUAUUUGUCUUAAUCCAAAAUUUGUUACUAUAGAUUUUGAACAAGCUGCAAUUAAUGCUCUUAAAUUAAUUUUUCCUAAUGCUAUUGUUAAAGGGUGCAACUUUCACUUUAAUAAAUAUAUCUAUACUAAAUUACAAGAGUUAGGAUUUCAAUCUGCAUUUAUUAACAAGAAAUCAACUGAUAUAAAUGAAAUUAAUGUUAGAAAUCUUUAA